GAACGGGCGCUCAAGGGCUACCUGGAGGCGCUCUCCUCGAGCGAGCGCAGGAGAUGCGGCGCGAUCCGGGGCUUCGCCGAGCAGUUCGACGAGGUCGGCCAGUCGUCUGGGCUGGUCUGGUCGCUGGAGGGCGCCACGCUGAGCGUGCGGCUGCAGGAGGAGGCCAAAAAGUUCACCACGCGCCUCCUCGAGGAGGUGCGCUGCGGGGAGGACUUCGCCGCCGUCCUGCGGGCGCUGCAGCAGCUGGAGGCAGGGCAAGCUGGUGGCUUCUUCUGGAAGGGGACCUCUUUCAUACGGCCAUGGCGGACGGGCCUGCGUCUGCUGCCGGGGGCAGAUCCUCGGGACGCCCCGCUGCGCCAGACGGUGCCCCUCGGGGCCAGGCGGCAGCAAGUCGCCCAGGACGCCGACGUGGCGGCGGCGCGCCUGUCCGGAGCCGAGCUGCGGCCCAGUCUCGCGCUCCACGAGCAAGUUGGCGCCGACCGCUGGGGUAUCACGAAGACGGACUUGCAUCGGUUGCGCCGGGAGGUGGAAGCUGCAGUCGCGACAGGAAAUAUCGUUCGCACCAGCAGGGAUAUGUUCGACCCAGCAGACAGCGCAGUUGGCCCCAACAUCUACACCGUCAUCGACCAAUUGAUCAAGCCUAUGACGCGGUUGGCCUAUCUGGCCUACGCCUGGGGAAAGGAAAUCUUCACAGCAUGGACCCCGUUGUGCGCAAAGGCCGCAAUUAAAGCCGGAGGCCAAACUAAUCCCGUGUCGGCGUAA